AUGCCCGCCCCCAACGGUUCAGUCACAAUGACUGAGAACGGAGAACAGUACCACAACGGCAAGGAUAUGGGCCUAGACGCCGACGACAGCAAAAUGACUGAUCAGAACCACAAUUCGGACGUCGUUGUUCAGGUUGAGGAGGUGAAGAAGAAGUAUGAUCCCAAGGAUCCUUUCCGCCCGCGAAGGAAGAAGGCCAGGAGAGCUUGCUAUGCUUGUCAGAGGGCUCACUUGACAUGCGGCGAUGAAAGGCCGUGCCAACGCUGCAUCAAGAGAGGUCUCGCGGACGCCUGCCAGGAUGGAGUGCGUAAAAAGGCCAAAUACCUCCACGACGCGCCCCCGGAAGCGCUGCUUCCCGUGUUGGGCCCCAACUACAACCCAAACUCUCCAAGUACGCGACAGAAUGAGCAUAACAAGCCUCAAGUGACUCAGGACUCGGAACCAACUUCGGUGGCUGGCAGCAACUUUGCAUCCAUUCCCGGAACGAACCAGUCCUUCCCGGUUUACUCGACCGUGCAGCCUCCGGUGAGCGGAAUGCCCGAGGGUCUGGGUUUCGCCACGCAGACCUCUCCGGUUUCGCCAUCGUUCCAGACUCCCCGAACGAGCCAACUCGGCGUCAUGGGUCUCAGUAGCAUCCCGGAUCCCAUCGGCAUCAGCGCCAUCUUCGAUCCUAGCAACCCGGCGCUGUUCAACUUUGACCUGGACAAUCUGAACUUUGGAAGUCAGUACCCGGCCAUGGAGUUUGGAAUCCUAGCCCAGAUGUCAUCAGGAGCUGCCGACGUCAACCCUUCGGAUCCGAAUAUGCACACGCCUCCAACCUCGGGUGUGAACUUUCCUGGAGUGUUUGCUAAUAGUAAUAAUAACCCGCAAUAUAACGGACCUCUGGCGUACGAUGGUUUACCGGAUUUUGCGGCUGCCAUAGACUCUAAUUCCCAGAAUUUCGGCCUGCAAGGAACAUUGCAGCAUGGUCUUCCUCAUGCAUACGCCAUUGCCGCUCAGGCGAACAGUGCAGGUCUUGCUAGCCCGAGCACGGAGACAACGGCGAGCCCACAGACAAACCUGUUUGAGGGCUCCCCGCCGACUGGACAUUAUGCGCUUCCUGCGGCUGGCCAGAACAACAACUCUGCAGGACAGCAGGCUGCCGCGCCGCACAACAACCAAAGCAAGACGAAGUCGUCCAUGACGAAGAGAGGACCGUCGCAGUCGCUGCUCGGCAAGCGUCGGCGCGACUCGUCUUUCAUCUACGAGACGGUCAAGGAGCCGUACCCAUAUACCAAUGGCUUCCAUAACCUCAUCGCCUUCCUUCAGAAGCGGUUCAACCCAAACAAGACGCUGCGAAUCGCAAAGUCUCUGGCAAGCAUCCGGCCUUCCUUCAUCUCGUGCACAAAGACACUCAAUCGUCAGGACUUGAUCUUCAUGGAAAAGUGCUUCCAGCGAACGCUCUUCGAGUACGAAGACUUCAUGCAGCACUGUUCCGCACCGACGAUCGUCUGCCGCCGAACGGGCGAGGUCGCCGCCGUCAACAAGGAGUUCACCGCCCUGACGGGCUGGACAAAGGAUGUCCUGCUUGGCAAGGAGCCCAACCUUAACACCAAUACCGGAUGCGCAACUACCAACGGCAACUCGUCCCGCGUAGGAAUGGCACCCCACCUCCGCCCGACGACGAGCUAUGACACCGCCAACGGCGGCGAGAAGAGGCCGCAGCCCGUCUUUAUCGCCGAGCUACUGGAUGACGACAGCGCCAUCGAAUUCUACGAAGACUUUGCCGAGCUCGCGUUCGAGAACAGCCGCGGUAAGGUUAAUCGCAAAUGUCGCCUGCUCAAGUACCGUCCCAGCGCCGAGGGAGGAUCAUCUUCUUCCGCCGGCACGAACAGCGCGAGCAAAGACGGCCACAGCAACCGCGGCAGCAUCCUCAGCGGCAGGGUCGCCACGAUUGAUGGCGAGCAUGGGAUCCGUGGGAUCGAGAAGGACGGCAAAGUGGAUUGCACUUAUUGCUGGGUUAUUAAGCGGGAUGUGUUUGACAUUCCGAUGCUGAUUGUGAUGAACUUCUUGCCCUGCUAUUACAGGAACCAAGGACCUCGUCAAUUGGCUGUCUAG